AUGGCUGCCCACAAUGAAGACGAUGAUCAGGAGUUUCCAUCUAAGAUUGGCAGGAUUGCCAUGGACGACGAUGGACGUUUUACCCGCUCUUUGCAUGCCAUAUCCCAACUCCCGGACACCGCGCCUCUUGUCCAAGUUCAUAAAGCUCUGCACGAGACGCAGGAAGAGCACGGUGCUCUGUUUGAUGCUUAUUGCUCCAUCAAAGAUCAGGUCCGCAUGCUAUAUGCAUUGCUCCCCAAGGAUAAAAAGAAGAGUUUUGACAGAGGUCUCUCACUUCAAUCUAUGAUAUUUGAGAGUAAGUUCAAGAGCAAGGGCAGCGGGUUUUCCAAGUUCAUCCGUCCUUGGGUUGCUGAGGGCACCUUCCUGCUAUCUCCUCUUGCAAGGAGCAUUGACUGCACCGAUCCUUCCCGCUUCAAGGACGAGAAGGCGAUGGCCCUAGGAAACAUGGCCAAUGAGGAAGCAUUCGCAACCACGUUUACUCAGGCUGUUGAUGCUGUGCGGCAUAUCUACACCACUGCUCUGUGUGCUGCAGAGGCAAGCAUAUUUGGUCCUCAAACAGUGGAGAGGAAGUUGAGUCUCCUCAAGAAGAAUGUCAAAUCACCCAAGUACAAUCAACACGUGCCCGUUCUAUAUGCCAAUCCAGAGCGUCCACUCCCACAGGAAUUCCUUACGUCUGAAAUACUUGUCAAGGCUAUGAUUGUAAAGUUAUUUGGUCCAACUGGGCUGAAGCUUCACCAGGUGCGAAGGCCUCGCUCAAAAGCAAAAGGAACCCAGCUGAUGGCCAUAGAGCUGGCGAUGAUUGCAAGCUCUAUGGCUGAUGUACGUUAUCUACUAUUAAAUGAUCCAACCUACGUAAACCCUGGCUUGCCCUCUGGCAUCCCGUACAACAAUGACAGGGAUCAUAUACCCAAGAUCUUGUUUACUGGUAAUGCUGUAUGGACCUUCAAGGUCCGGGAGUUCUUCAACUACAAAAUCCUUGGUAUUCCGCCCUCGUCCUCUGACCAUCCUGUUUUGAAAGAGCUCCUAGCUCCUGUCCAUCAGGAGAAGGACGAAGAUGAAGAGCUGAUGGCUGGUCUUGACAAGUACUACGCUCCCAAGCCAUCUGUCAACUCCGAGUCUCCCUCUGCAGCGGUAGCAUUGUCUGCCGGAGGUUUGCAGUCACUUUCAGCCCUUACUAAGCAAGUUCAUGGGAUGAACUUGGAUCCCACAAUGGACUCUUGCAAGCGCCUGGACAACUCUGCUGAGGAGGUCGAGCAUCAAGGAGAGGGGGGCCACAAUGAGGAUGACGAUGGUGGCAUCAAAGACGAGGACGAUGAGGAUGAUGAGGAUGGGGAAGGGGAGGGCCAUGCCAAACAGGCUGAGGAUCCCAUUCCUACUGCUUACUUGCAAGCGGUCAUCAUGCAAGAGGAAGGCUGGGAGUCCGAGGCUGAUUUUGUGAUAUUCUCCUCGUACUUAGGGGCUAUUGCAUCAGGAGAGAUUGGUUUGGGAUCCAUACGCGAGCACGUAGAGGCGCCGUGCAUGGGAACAACGCUCGAAGGCCUCAUGUGUCGCCCAAGGUGGAUCUUUCCACUCUGCAAGAAUAGCCACUGGGUUGUAGGAUGGAUCGACUUUGGAGACCCCCACCUUGGAGUGUUCGACAGCAUUCCUGAGUAUCACUUGGAGUCUUGGGCUUUCCCGAUGCUUGAGAAGGCUGUCAACACGGUUCUCAGCGAGGUUGGCCAUUCCCCUAUCAUGUGGGGGACGGCUGGUUUCCGUACGGUUUGCUCUGGCCCUCCGCCUCUCGAGCAGCAGAUGGAUGGGUGGUCCUGCGGGCUUUUUGCCAUGAUGGCCAUGCACAUUCUCUCUCGUCAGCAGGACCUCUCUCUCAUUGGAAACAGCCAGUUGUCGGUGAUGAAGAUGACCGCUUUGGACGCGAUUCUACACUGCCCUGUCAUUUGGAGGAUGGAGCCUCCUGCAUACAAUAAUAAUGAUGAUGUUGAGGUGGUGGAAGAUCCGCCCAGCUCCAGGUACGUAACGAGCAACGGCAGUGUGUUGUCUUCGCCCGGAUCACCUAUAGACAAGCCCAACAAUCACGACAGAGGGAGCGGCUCAAAUAAACGAAAACGGACACCUGACUCGGAGCCUGACAUGAUGUACGAAGAGCUCUCACGCACUCUCGAAGAGCUCGCAGACUGCAACACCGCACAGCAAACAGACACAUUAUCUGACAGCCCCAACAACGACAGCAAUGUUGAUGCGAACACUGCCAACGUAAACGUGACCAUUGCCGGCGGUGUCAACGAGAGCGCCAGCAACACCUGGAAGCUGCACAGGGACCGAUGCAAUGUCAUCCAGCAGCGCGUCAAGGUGCGGAUUAGCGACCGCCCGACAUUACAGUUGUCUCAGUCAAACAAGGUGACGGGGUACUUCUCUGGUGGUCCAUCUAGCAAGAAGCCAACUCCCGUCAAGACAUCAAGGGCCACAAAGUACGAAACCAGGACGUUCAAAAACCCCCCAGUAUUAGACUUCUUUGUGGAGAAGCUGCCGGCGCCGCUGAGGGUGGCACCUUCAAUUAUCCCCACUCCCUCUGUCUCUGACGCGCCCCGAACCUACAUCUGUGAGAUGCUGACUGGAGAGAAGUGGCUCGAGUACAUCCGCCGCAGUCAGACACAUGUCCAUGGCGGCGUCUUGUUUGCCCUUCAAGCUCACAUCCAAUGUGAGCUCUUCCCCUACAAGCCGUUCAAUCGGGACACAAAACCGGCCACCAACAUGCCCACCAUCGCACCAGUCACGCAGCUGAAGGCCAUGAACACUGAGACACCAUUCGCAAAGUGGACGGACAACGAGAAGCGCGCCUGGCUCAGAGCUACACGCUCGUUUGCCUGCUGGAUUGUCGACCCUGUUAAUGAGUUCGUCAAGUCCACCCGGUGCCCGGGUACCACAACCAAUGCGAGCUGA